AUGGCGGACCACGAGACUACCCCCGGUCCUACGAAUCCACUGCUAUUGAGAGAGAUAGUGGCCGAGGUUAUGAAAUGGAUCGACCUAGAUUAUGGAUUUAGUCAUGAAGUCCUUUCGGGAAAACUUGAUGAGUACGAUGAGCCGGAAGUGCUCGCUACCUAUGGGAAAAACGGUGUCCUUGCUCGCUGCUGCUGCGUCAAUCGGCUCUGGUUCAACGAGGCGGCACCAUUGUUAUGGGCGGCACCCACCCAAUUCACCUUCGCGAUGGACCAGACACUCUCUAAGCUGUUCAAUCAAUUAGAUGAGUCACGGCGACAGAUGUAUGCCAACUUCGUCAAGGAGGCUGUCAUUGCUGGCGUUCCUCCUGAUGAGGCUUUCGAGAACGAUGAGCCUCUAAAAGGGCUCGAGUUUCCCAAGCUCGAGAAUGUAGACCUGCCUUUGGCCGGCUGGGGACAAUCAGAAUACAUCCCGAGAAUCGGUAAUCAUCGAGUCAAGAUUCUCUCUAUCGAUCCGUCCUUCGAUGUCUACCCAGACACCUACAGGGUUAUGCAAGAAGAGUUGGGUUCGAUUUUGGAGCAGAUACCGGAUAUAUUUCCGGAACUAGAGAAUGUGGAUAUCAUAGACAGCUGUUUGGCUGCUCCUGGGGCCAUUGAGAAAUGCGAGAGUCGCUUGCCAAAGUUGAAAUACUUUAAUCGCGGCCCUGUAGUAGUUGGAAAUGAUUACCCAGCGAGCCGUACCUAA